AAUGCUGAACGAAUCUUCCGAUUUGCUCCUAUGUGAAAUUACCUUUGCUUUUAUCUGUUGGAUCUUGCAUGUAUCAAGUUUCUUCAAAGAUUAUCGCUAGGAUCUUUGUAUGAAUUUAUUUAUGUAUGAAUAUUUCUGUGGUGGCUCUUCACCUCUAUGAUCUGGGACGGUAAGGGAAUGAAUGAAAAUGAAAAAAAUAUUUGAUACCUUCGUAAAUACUCAGCUAAUUGUGCAUUUCCAUAAAAAAAUAAUACUACAAGAGAAAAUACCCGCAAUGUUGUGAAGGAGAAACUACGUGCUGUACCUGAAACUAUAUGUGGUGAAUGUGAACAUGGAUGACAUGUGUGAACCUGGAUGCUUAUGACACUUGUAGAUGUUGUUGUGCGGUCUAUUCUCCAUAGACGUAUGAACUGUGUGCAGGAAUAUGGUGUGGGGAGAUUUUGCCCAACUUUUGAGCCUUUUGAACUAAAAUCUGAGGAGGAAUUUUUUUUUCAGUUAACAUAUGUAAGUCGGUUCUGUGACCAAAUGUACGGGUCUUAUUUGGUCGUUUAGCCGUGAACAAAUAUGUCACAUUAUUCUUGCUUGUUUUUACAACAAAAAAAAUUGGUCACAUAGCGCACCAGGGGUAAAUGCGUCUUUUCAUGUCGCUGUCCGGCAGUGCUCGAAAAAUGAACUAGAGUGUCAUAUUAGGUAACAUAUUCUGGCCAGAUGUCAAAUAGUGAAGAAAAAAUUUCCAAUGUCAAAUAGGGAAGCAGAUUUUUAGGUAGUGUCAAAUAAGGAAUUAUCUGAAAACCCCAAAUCAUCUCUCCAUUCCCCAUUCCCAGAUCCAAUACUGACCGAGGGGUGAGGGCGACAUGAGCCACCGCCGCCGUCGACGACUCUCGUUGUCAUCGCCGGAAUUGGCGAAUCCACUGGAUGAUGAUGACCUCCUCCACGAGAUCAUGUUGCGCCUCCCGCCGCAGCCGCCCUACCUCUUGCGUGCAUCCAUCGUCUCCAAGCGCUGGCGCCGCCUCGCCACCGACCGCAAGUUCCUCCACCGCUUCCGCAUCCACCACCGGAAGCCUCCCAUCCUCGGUGAUUUCUCGUAUCAACGCGGAAAAUUCUUGUUCAGAUCCUACCUCGAUCCACCCUACCGCAUCCCUCCCGAGCGCUUCUCCCUACAACCCAGCGGCAGCAAGCAAUGGACUUGCCUCGACUGCCGCCAUGGAUUCCUACUCUUUGAUGACAUGAUAUCGAGUCAGGUAAUUGUGUGGGACCCCAUCACAGAUGACCUCCACAUCAUUCCCUAUCCGCUGCGGUUCCACGAAUCUAGGAUUGUGCUAAUCCAGAGUGGGGCGGUGCUCUGUGCUGCUGCCGACCAGGGUCAUGUUCAUGGCGCCUGCCACUCGAGCCCUUUCAAAGUGGUCGUGCUGAGCAGCUACCCGCACAAAGAUCAAGCCGCCAAUGAAAUUAUCACGUUCGCAAGCGUUUACUCUUCAGACACUGUUGGCAUAUGGAGUGAUCUCGUAUCAACAACACUUCCGUGGAGCGCUAUAAUGUUUCCAAUUCGCAGCACACUUGUCGGUAACACCCUUCACUGGCUGCUUGCGAUGAAUACCACUGGCAUACUUGAGUUUGAUUUGGAUACACAGAGGCUCGCUGUGACCAAGAGGCCUCUUGGUGCUCCUCCUUGCGAUGACAGUGUUGAGAUCAUCCAGUCGGAGGAUGGCGGUGUUGGCUUCGCUGCAUUGUCUGGCCCUCGCUACCGCCCAUGUUUGCAAAUAUGGGACAGGAAGGUCGAUCCUCAUGGAGUUAUCACAUGGGUGUUGCGGAAGAUUCUUGAACUGCAGAAGAUUCUUGGAUUGCAGUCUAGGAUUGAGAAUAACAAAUUAUCUAUGCUGCACUAUUCGGAUGAUGUUCAUGCCAUCUUUUUGCGGGUGCAGUCAUCUGUCUACAUGGUUCAGCUUGAAUCUAUGCAGUCUAAGGAACUUGUCAAAAGAAUCCGUAGUUCCAUCUAUCUGCCUUUCACAAGUUUCUGGACCGAAGGCAAGCAGGUUGCUAGUGCGUUCCCCCGAUAAAAAGAAAAGGAAAAGGUGUCUUUAGCAGUCUGAAGAAAGCAGCUUAUUACUGGAUGAUGUGCAGCCUGGGAUGCGACUGAAGUCUGAUUAUGUCUAUGUCUAUGGCUACAUCUACUUCAGCUGUCUUGCGGAAAUCUUCGAAUAUGUUAAACUGUGGUGUAGUACUUCAUCGAUGGAGCAUUAUGUACUUGUCAACUGAAGCCUGUCUAAUGGAGCAUUAUGUACUUGUCAACU